AUGGCUCUCCUCGUCCUGCUUCUGCAAACGGGGCUAGUUUGGGGCUCCAACUACGGCUACGUGGAGUGGUCGGAAAACCACCGAGACGAGAAGCCUUGGGUGCUGAGCACCACCCAAAGCGUCGACACCACCGAGCGAGCGGUCCUGGCGCACAAAAUCGAGGAGGACCUCCCGAGGGUGGUGACCGCCUUCCUCCACAGCGGCGACCCGUCGGCGCUGAGGGGGGUCAAGUGCUCGCGCAGGUACGAGCUGAGCAGCCUGCGAGGCGGCCCGCACGUCGCCUCGCACUACUCGCUGCACGCCGUCCUGGAGAGCGUCACGCGCGCCGCCAACUUUCUCAACAGCGUCCUGCAGGCCAACAGCUCGCGAGGGGACAGCUCGCAGCGAGACCUUCGUUGGUAUCGCGCGCUGGUUCGGACCGUGCUCGAGGGCGACCCCAAAAUCCACAGGGCCGCCCUGAGCGUCGGCGGGGACUCGCACGUCCUGCUGCAGGCGACCAGGAGCGACAAGGAGGUGCUGCUCCGGGAGAGCGCGAGCCCCGAUCAGUCCGACUGGGUCAACGGAAGGGGACCGGACCCCUCGACCGGAGUUCACCUUCUGGACAAGAAGCAGAUCCGCUGGUCUGCGCCGUACCUGGAGUGCGACCGCGGGGCUUUCGUGCCCUUUUGGCUUCUCACCUUGUCUGCCGACUUCUACGGACGCCAGAGGGAUUCGACCCUCGAAUUCAGGGGCGCCGUCCGCGUGGACGUCAACCUGCAGGACGCGGACAUCGACCAGUGCUCCGACAGCGGCUGGUUUGCCGGGACCCAUCGCUGCAAUCUUACCAGUAUGGAAUGCUCGCCCAUCGCCGGCCACGGAUUUGUGCUGGACAAAUACAAGUGCCGAUGCAGGAGAGGAUUUUACCACCCGAGCCGUGCGGCGCCCGACGGCUUUCAAACUGCGGACCGAGGCGCCGGCGAAGACGACCCUUCCGACGGGUGCCUCCCCUGCCGGGCGGGCUGCGCCUACUGCAGGGACGACACCCCCUGCCUGGCCCGCCGCGACGGCGGCCUGCGGCUGGCCGCCGCCUCCUUCCAAAGUCUGUGCGUGCUGCUGGACUUGGCCGGCAUGGUGGCGCUCUACCACGUCAGGAGAAGGAAGAGUAUCCGCACGUCGGGCUUCAUCCUGCUGGAGGCCAUCUUGCUGGGGGCUCUGCUGCUCUACUUCCCCGUUCUGAUCCUGUACUUCCACCCCAGCGUGUUCCGCUGCAUACUCCUGCGAUGGGUUCGCCUGCUGGGUUUCGCCAUCAUGUACGGCACCGUCGUCCUCAAGCUGUACAGAGUGCUGAAGGUGUUCUUGUCACGUACGGCGCAAAGGACGCCUUACAUGACCAGCUGGCGGGUCCUGAGGAUGCUGACCGUAAUCCUGUUGGCGGUGUUGUGGUUUCUGGUGGCCUGGACGUCGGCGGUGUGCCAGAACCCCGAGCCGAGUCGGGCCUUGAUCGCGGCCGGCCUCUCGUCGGAGGGGCUGCAGUUUAGCGUGUGCCUGCUGGACCGCUGGGACUACAUGAUGGCGCUCGCGGAGUUGCUGUUCCUGCUGUGGGGCGUCUACCUGUGCUACGCCGUCCGGACAAUUCACUCGGCCUUCCACGAGCCGCGCUACAUGACGGUGGCCGUCUACAACGAGCUCCUCCUGUCGGCCGUCUUCCACCUCAUCAGGUUCUCUGUGGCGCCGGGCCUUCACCCCGACUGGAUGCUGAUGCUGAUCUUCGCUCACACUCAUCUAACCGUCACCGUGACUGUGGGAGUUCUUCUCGUUCCGAAGUUUCUCUCCAAAGGGCCUCAGACCCGGGACGAUGUCGCCGCUGAGACUUAUGAGGAAGAACUGGACAUGGGAAGGUCUGCUUCUUACCUCAACAACAGCAUCACGUCAGCCUGGAGCGAGCACAGCUUGGAUCCCGACGACAUUCGGGAUGAGUUGAAAAAGCUCUACGCCCAGCUGGAAGUCUACAAACGCAAGAAGAUGCUGGCCAACAACCCUCACCUCCAAAAGAAACGCAAUUCCAAAAAGGGCCUGGGCCGUACCCUGAUGAAAAGAAUCGCCGAAAUCCCCGAGAGCGUGCACCUGCACCGCCGGUGCAGCCGAGAAGACGGCAGCGAACACGGCACGCUGAGGAGAAACCACACGGAGACGGCUCAGCGCGGAAAACCCCAAGAAGAUUCACUCAAAAACAAAGUCCUCGGCUUGCAGAAGUCGCUGAGCUACGAUCACGUUUGUGAGCAAGACGACGAAACCGCAAGUCGGAGCGGCUCUGCGGCGGGGGACAAAAUCACGCCAGCGGGCAACGGCGGAGAGAGUUCUCUUCUGGGUUCUCUCAUCGGCCGCAGGCAUUGCAAAAAGCAGCCGGAAGCGGCCGGCCCGCCACCCGAGCCGGAACUGGCCCGAUCCGCCCAGUCGGUUCCGCUCUUCUGGAAGUCGGCGAGCGUUCACAACUUAACGCACGAAAAGAAACCCGCGCAGCUGCGGACCUCCAUCAUGCAAAAGUCUCUCAGCGUGAUCGCCAGCGCCAAGGAGAAGAUGCCGGCGCUCGGCAACAAGACGCAGAGUGCGGAGGACGCCGGCAAAAAAGCUCUGAAGGGGAAGGAGGCCAGGACCCUAUCGGAGGUGGACGAAACUCCGGAGCAUUAUCCCAAAAUGAUCGUCAGCCAGUCCGUGGACUAUUCCAAGACGCCCAUGAAGACGACGGGCAUCAUGAAGCAGCAGGUGAGCGGCAGCCAGCCGUCCAUUUGUUCUGAAACCGGCAGGAACUUGUACGACGUGUCUGAAGUUGGUCCCUGGGAGGCGGAGGAGGCUCAGACGCCGUCUGAAGCCAAGACACAGAAGCACGUGUCCAUCGCCCCACAGCAAACCGACGCCGGCCGGAGAGGAAGUGGCGCCUCGGGCCUCGGCAAACGUAGUCGCUCUCAGCAGAGGCCGAAAACCGGCCAGUCUCCUUCCAACCGACGGCGCUCCAAGGACGGAGGAGGACAACGGGACGAGAGCAGAGAAACGCGGAAAUCUCGCGGGCCCAGGUCGCCUCUGCCCCUCAAGCCGGACGUGAGCGCCUGGGAUUUUGAUGAGCAGCCCAUGCUCGUCGGGCUUUCAGAGUCCAUUUCCCCAGAGAGAAUCCGGCGUAAAAAGAGCGUCACGCCCACGGACGGGAAGCCCAAGGCGCUCCACUCGGACCACUCCAAGUCCACGGGAAGCCUACUGCAGCCUCCCUCCUCGAUGGUUGAGAUCUGCCCGUGGGACUACAGCGGCCCGCCCUCACCCAAGCAGGAGAAGACCUCCGGCAGCCCUGCCACGCACAAGAAGAAACGGAAAGCUUCCUGCUCGUCCAAUCCUAAAGCCGACAAGGAGAAAGGAAGGGAGAAAACCCGGGAGAGACGGAGCUCCUCCGGCAAGCCGCCGUCGGAGAGAAGGCGUCUUAGCCGGUCAUCCGAGUGCGGCGCGCCCGUCUCUGAGCGGCGGAGGAGCUCCGGCAAAAACCCGGAGGGGGCGGAGGUCAGGAGGGCGCAGGGAAUCUCGCGGGACGCCCAAGUCUCAAAUGGCAGUUUCGCACGGACAAAGACCUCCGGUGACGGCGAGAAAGAUCUCCAUCACAAAGCCGCAGUCGCCGGCGCUCCCGAAAUGGCCGACGUCUGUCCCUGGGACUCGGAGGACCGGGACCCCGCCGAGAGGGCGUGACCGCCGCCGUCGUCGUUUGCCGUUUCCAUUCACCACUGAGCAAAUCUUCAAAUGUUGCCCAAGAAGAACCCAAAAGACGUCAACGUCGCUCCGCGGAAGAUAAAAAGGCGUUUGCUGGUGCAAAACUAU